CAAGAUCGCGGAUAUUCGAUAUGUGGGAGUGUCAAUUGUUAAGGCGAAUAAAGGUCACAGAUUUUCUUUUCUCAUGGGAGAAUAUUUAGAAAUCGUCUGCUCUGCACGUGAAAGGCCGCUUCUUUCUCUAUCUUACUCCCAUUAUUUUUCUCAUUCUUUUUUCGCGCGUGCGUAUCAUUACGAAAUAUUAGACAUUUCGUCAUCGGGCAUCAAAAAUCGAAAUAUGUCUAACAUGAUUAAGUUCGGUAUAAGGAUUUUUACUACAACGCAUAGUAAGCACGUGGUGCCGUAUAUCCUGCUACCACCGAGGCAUCAACGAUCAUGUUUUCACACCAGUUGGAUCUUUAAUGUCAAAGGUAAGGAGCUACUUAUGCCAUCUCUUUCACCUACAAUGGAAACUGGCACGAUUGUAAAAUGGUUUAAAAAAGAAGGCGAAUUAAUUAAUCCAGGAGAUGCCAUUGCCGAUAUCGAAACUGAUAAGGCUGUGAUGACAUUGGACUUUGAAGAUGAAAGUAUACUUGCUAAAAUUAUCAUUGGCGAAGGAAAGAAAGCUAAUGUUGGAGAAAUAAUAGCACUUACCGUUGAAGUCGACGAAGAUUGGAAAUCUGUUGAAUAUUCGCAGAAAGAUACAGCCGUAUCUUCUGAAAGCAUAUCAAAAGAAACAACGCCUUCAUCUACGAUUACAGUUGAUAAAGGCUUUGGUGCUUCGAAUAUUCCUUUGGCGAAUGAACAUGAAAAACCUACAGAUGCUGAUAAAAGUUCUGUAGAUAAAACACUAGGAAAUAAGCAGGUCUAUGGAUUAGCGGUAAAGAGAUUAUUAGAAGAGUAUGAUAUAAAUUCUGGAUCUAUCAAGGGUUCUGGCCGCCCUAAUCGUCUUUUAAAGGAGGACGUAUUAGCCUACAUUCAAUCCAAAAGCUUACAAAAGGUUGCACCAAAAGCUGUUGCUGCAAAAUCUACACCAAUCAGUAAAAUGCCAUCUAAAGCGAUCACAUUGCCGAUAAAACCAUCUACAUUUAUAGAUAUUCCCAUAUCAAACAUCCGAGCUAUAAUAGCAAAGCGACUUAUCGAAUCGAAGACUAGUAUACCCCAUGCAUAUGCUAGUAUCGAUAUUAACAUAAGCAAACUCGAGGAAAUACGUAAAAAAUUUAAGGCUUCGAAUAAUAAAAUAUCUAUAAAUGACUUUAUUGUUAAAGCCGUCGGUCAUGUGCUCCUAGAAUGCCCCGAAGUGAAUUCGUUGUAUAAAAAUGGCGAGGUAAUUCGUCAAACGAAAGUUGAUGUGUCGAUUGCUGUAUCUACACCAACGGGCCUCAUAACGCCUAUUGUAUUCAACACGGCAACCAAAACAUUAGACGAGAUCUCAAACGAUAUCAAAGUAUUAUCUCGUAAAGCUCGAGAAGGGAAACUUCAACCUCAAGAAUUUCAAGGGGGAACAUUCUCAAUAUCUAAUCUUGGCAUGUUUGGCAUUAAUAAUUUUUCUGCAAUUAUUAAUCCACCACAGAAUGCUAUUCUUGCAGUAGGCGGCAGUCGUGCUGUCUUUGACUUAUCGACGAAUCGAAAUUUAGUAAUGAAUGUCACUUUGUCGUACAAUAGAGGCGCAAUAGAUGACAAACGCGCUGCUAAUUUUCUUCAACUUUUACAAGCAUUAUUACAAGAUCCGUCAGUUCUAGUCGCAGGAAGAACAAUUUCAGACAGUAAAUGAAAUAUUGGUAAGUUGCAACGAACGUGA